UAAAGAACGUCAGCCAAGACUUGUCUUCAACAAUUUCCAAAUCACUCUCCAAUGAAUUCAAUUUCAGCGUAACUAUACAUGGUAAUAUAGUAGUAUAUCACUAGGUCAUGAUUCAUCCCGUCUCUUUCCGCUAUAAACCGAGCCAUUGUAUCUGGACUUCAUCUCAUGAAAUGCUUAAACCAUGUGUACUCAAACCCUAUAAAUUUUGUCAAAUCCUUCGCAAGAAUACCGGUAUAAGUUCAGGUGUGAAUUUUGUUCUUAACAGCUGUUGCUGCAUUUCGAGGAUUCCACCAAUCAUGGCUUCAGGAGUAUCCACCACCCCUUCAACUCAGCAAGAGCCUGUUUCAACUCAGAACGGGUCGGCUCAGAAUACAGCUCCCCGACCUCUCCAGGUUGCGAAGCGCUUGGAGAAGUUCAAAACUACAAUUUUCACACAAAUGAGUAGCCUCGCCAUCAAACACGGUGCUAUUAAUCUUGGACAGGGCUUUCCCAAUUUUGAUGGACCAGAGUUUGUCAAAGAAGCAGCUAUUCAGGCCACUAGGGAUGGUAAAAAUCAAUAUGCUCGUGGGUACGGAGUUCCUGACUUGAACUCUGCUGUGGCUGAACGUUUCAAGAAAGACACUGGACUUGUGGUUGAUCCUGAAAAGGAAGUUACUGUCACCUCCGGAUGCACAGAAGCAAUAGCUGCCACAAUGUUAGGCUUAAUAAACCCUGGUGAUGAAGUCAUCAUCUUUGCUCCCUUCUAUGAUUCCUAUGAAGCGACACUGUCCAUGGCUGGUGCUAAAAUAAAGUGCGUCACCCUGCGGCCCCCAAAUUUUUCCGUUCCCAUCGAUGAACUUAAAUCCAUAGUCUCAAAAAACACUCGUGCAAUCCUGAUGAACACUCCACAUAACCCCACAGGAAAAAUGUUCACCAGGGAAGAACUUAACGCCAUUGCCACCUUAUGCAUAGAGAAUGACAUAUUGGUUUUCUCCGAUGAAGUUUAUGACAAGUUAGCUUUUGAAAUGGAUCACAUUUCCAUUGCUUCGGUUCCUGGGAUGUUCGAGCGGACUGUGACUCUCAAUUCUUUGGGGAAGACUUUCUCACUAACAGGCUGGAAAAUCGGUUGGGCUAUUGCUCCUCCCCACUUGACGUGGGGUGUAAGGCAGGCGCAUGCUUUUCUCACCUUUGCAACAUCCACUCCAAUGCAAUAUGCUGCAGCUACGGCCCUCAGAGCUCCUGAUUCUUACUAUGAGGAGCUGAAAAGGGACUAUAAAGCCAAAAAGGCUAUCCUUGUGGAGGGUUUGAAGUCUGUGGGUUUCACGGUCUACCCCUCGAGUGGAACCUACUUCGUGGUGGUGGAUCAUACCCCAUUCGGGCACGAAAACGACAUUGCAUUCUGUGAGUAUCUAAUCAAGGAAGUGGGUGUGGUAGCAAUCCCGACGAGCGUCUUCUAUUUGAAUGCAGAAGAUGGGAAGAACCUUGUGAGGUUUACUUUCUGCAAAGAAGAAGAGACUCUAAGAAGUGCAGUGGAGAGGAUGAAGGAGAAGCUAAAGAAGAAGUAAUACCCCUCUGAUUUGGUAGGCAUUGCAGUUGUGUUGUGUGCAUGUAGGUGCCCAGAAUAGGAAUUUGCUUUCCAUUUGAUCAAGAAAUUGUUUGAAAUAAUUUUCGUGGAAUUGGGAUUUACUCCUUGCUACCCUAUUUGGUGUCAGACUUGAGACAGAAUUAUAUCCAUAAUUUCUUAAUAAAUUAAGUUGUUGUACCUCUUUUUUU